AUAACAAAAACAGACAACAGUUUAAAUUGCAUUGUCCUAUGUUUAACUGUGUAAAUUUUGCAUAAUCUCAGAUAUUUAAUUUCGUAUUAACAAAGUAUGACAUGUGCUAUGAUCCAAGUAUAGUUUAGACUAUGUUUGAAUAUUGAAUAUUCUAUGCUUAGUAUUUGCUUAUUACGCGAUUCCUUUGCGGAUAUCGUAGCAUAAAUUUCUCUAUUCCCACGUUAAAUGGUUCCCUACCAAACCUAGCAAGUGCAUUUACUCGAGUUUGUCAAAUAGUUUAUGAAAAUUUAAUAGCGUACGUAUUGGAUUAUGCAUCCACUGGUUUAAUUCCUUCAACCAUGGCUUAACGGGGAAGAAGACCGUUGACCUUACAUAUGGGCUUAACAUAACUGCUUGACUUUCCAGAUUUUGCCCUGCAAUUUUCAAUCUGUUACUCUAACCACAUUUAUUCACACCAUGAGAUCAAGGAGAUUUUAUGGGAUUUCUCUUUCCCUAAUCAUCAUCAACAUGGCUGCCAUAAUGGAGCGUGCUGAUGAAAAUCUCCUUCCAGCUGUUUACAAAGAAAUCAGUGAAACUUUUAAGGCAGGGCCAUCUGAUCUUGGUUAUCUCACAUUCAUAAGGAAUUUCGUCAAGGGAAUUGCAUCACCAGUAGCAGGUAUUUUAGUCAUAAACUAUGACCGUCCCCCUGUUCUUGCAAUUGGGAUACUGUGCUGGGCACUGGGUACUGGUGCAAUGGGUGCUAGUAAGUAUUUUUUUCAGGUUGGAUUCUGGAGGGCAGUAAAUGGUUUUGGACUGGCAAUUGUGAUACCUUCUCUACAGUCAUUUAUAGCUGAUAGCUAUACGGAUGAGGCUAGAGGAACUGGAUUUGGAUUUCUUAAUCUUAUUGGAACUAUGGGUGGGAUAGGAGGUGGAGCUAUUGCUACAGUUAUGGCUGGCUAUGAAUUCUGGGGCAUUCCAGGAUGGCGCUUUGCCUUCGUCAUGAUGGCAACAUUGAGUAGUUUGAUUGCAUUUCUUGUAUUCAAAUUAGUUAUUGAUCCAAGAAGAAGAACCAGCAUAGAGCACGAUAUUGCAAAAAAUAGUGACAGGAAGGAUUUGAUAGAGAAGGGACAUACCAAUUCAAUGUCGAUUUGGAUGGAGUCUUGGACAGCCAUGAAAGCUGUCAUUAAAGUGAAAACGUUUCAGUGCAUUGUUCUGCAGGGUCUGGUUGGGUCCUUACCUUGGACUGCCAUGGUUUUCUUUACAUUGUGGUUUGAAUUAAUUGGUUUUGAUCACAACAAUGCAGCAGCACUAGUCGGUCUAUUUGCUGCUGGAUGUGCAUUAGGUUCCUUUUCUGGUGGUGUCAUUGGAGAUAGAAUGUCUCGCCUAUACCCUAAUUCAGGCCGUAUCAUGUGCGCGCAAUUUAGCGCUUUUAUGGGCAUCCCAUUCUCAUGGUUCCUUCUUCGUGUUGUCCCCCAGUCCGUGAGCAGCUAUUUCACAUUUGCUGUGACUCUAUUCCUGAUGGGGCUAACAAUCAGCUGGAAUGCUACUGCUACAAAUAGUCCGAUGUUUGCUGAAGUGGUGCCUUCAAAGCACAGGACCAUGAUCUAUGCAUUUGAUCGCGCCUUUGAGGUUUCAUUUUCUUCGUUUGCAGCUCCAGUUGUAGGAAUUCUUGCAGAAAAACUAUAUGGUUAUGAUUCCAAGUCUGUUGAUCCGCUGUUAGGAUCUUCAAAAGAGGCCUUAGCAUUGUCAAAAGGCCUAUUCUCAAUGAUGGCAGUGCCUUAUGGUUUAUGUAGCCUAUUUUAUACCCCUUUGUAUUGGACAUACAAGCAGGACCGUGAGAAUGCAAGAAUUGCAAGUAUAAAAGAAACAGAGAUGAUUUGACAAUCACACCUCUUCGCUUCCUUGUCGGUGCUGAAUCGUGUGGAUGUGGUUAUUCUGGCAUCAGAGAUUAUGAGCACUCCGGUGUUAUAGCAGUUUGCUAAGCAUGGCUGCGGUAUAUAUCAGAAGGUGACCUGCUCAUGGAAGCUAGGAUUUGUUAGAAAAUAAUAAACAAAAUUGGUUUUGAGGCGUGAAAA